AUGAAAUGCUUUCUAGAUGCGUAUAAGGGAUACCACCAGAUAUUGAUGAGCAAGGAAGACAAAGAGAAGACUGCCUUCUAUACGGAUCAUGGCACUUUUUGCUACACUAAGAUGCCUUUCGGAUUAAAGAACGCGGGGGCAACAUAUCAACGUCUGGUUGAUUCGAUAUUCGCCAAGCAGAUUGGAAGGAACAUUGAGGUGUACGUGGACAAUAUGGUAAUUAAAAGCCCGGAUGAGGAGAGGAUGCUUCAAGACAUCGAGGAAACAUUCCAGACGCUAGAAGCUGUCAAGAUGAAGCUAAACCCAGCUAAGUGCACGUUUGGAGUGGAAGAAGGGCAAUUCCUAGGAUACUAUGUCACCAGACAGGGCGUCCAACCUAGCCCGACCAAGAUCUUGCUCAAGCCAGGGACGUCAGGGCGACUGGCCAAGUGGGCAAUUGAGUUGGGGGAACACGACAUAAACUACCGCCCAAGAACGAGUAUCAAGGGGCAGGCGCUAGCCGACUUCUUACUGGAAAUCCCAGACGUAGGGAACCCGGCAAAGGAGAAGGUGUGGGUAGUUGAAGAGGCCCCGACGGAGCAGGGUUCAUGGACCCUGUAUACGGAUGGAGCAUCCAGCAGGGAAGGCUCGGGGGCGGGACUGAUUUUAACAAGCCCGAAAGGAGAGGAAGUAACCUAUGCCCUCCGUUUCGACUUCCACACAUCAAACAACGAAGCGGAGUACGAGGCGCUUCUUGCAGGGUUACGCUUAGCUAGACAGAUGGGUGCGAAAGCUGUAACAGCCUUAACUGACUCGAGGUUAGCAGCAUUACGAAGUCAACGGUAG